AUGGCGCCUCCCGCCGCCGGCGACACCCCACCUCCACCCCCUCCUCCGGCGGCCGCAGAGAGCAGCGCCAGCACCGAGGAGGAGUCGCGCUGGAUCGCAGCCCUCUCCGAGCCCGAGCUCGUCAGUUUUAAUGGUGCCGCAGUGGUGGUGGUGGUGGUGCAGGAUUUGCUCAUCAGCCUGAAGAUGCUGGCCGUGAAGCGGGCGGAGACGGCCGGCCGCCCCAACCUCGCCAACGCCUUCGACCUGCGCACGCUGCGGGCCCUCGGUGUUGUUUUGCUGGAAGAUUUCAAACAGCGGCUAAGAGAAGAAACCUCACUCGAUGCAACCGGCCUUGAUAGACUUGUGCUAUCGAGGGAUCCUGUUACGGAUGUUGGUGCCGGUAGUAGCAGUAGUGAUUCCGAGGUGUUCAGGCGGCACAGCAAAGAUCAGCCACUAAAGCCAAGUGGUGUCAAGAGGAAACGAAAGCAGACGCAUGAUGUGCGUCAUGGAGAGGCUGUCCAAAGGGACAAGAAAAGAAGAAAAACGAGCGAGAGGAGAUAG